AUGAUCCCGCCAGUUUCGUAUAGACUAUGGAUUCCUGGCGCCAGAGUCUCGACGCGGAGCUUUUCUCUGAGUCGAUUUCACACGAAAAAUAAAAACAAGGUCCAGCUCAAGAACCUUGGGAGCUUUCUUCUGAAAGGCAAAGUUGGCGAAGAGAACACUGGAAAGAACUCCGUCAAUGAAGUGGAGGUGUUUCCGCAACUGUCUGAUACACAAACUUCUCUUGAAGACUUUGUAGACCAACAUGCGAAAGAAAUAGAAGAGAGCUCAUUUCAAAUAGGAUACAUGGGGAAAGACGACAUCAAGUUCCAGGAAUACUUGGACUCGGGAAGGCAGUUUGGUGGCAGCGGGUCGGGCCUGGUGUUCCGAAGAAUUGCUGCGAUCAACAGCCUCCCUGAAGAAAUCGAUGUAAUCAAGACGCCCUGGGACGAGAUCGAGCGCGUUUACGGUGUUCUCAAAGAGUUGGACAACGACCCGGGGGUCCAUUUCAAGUACAAAAAGAGACUUGCCAUAAACACCAAGAGUCUACUUGCGGUCAGAAACAAGAAACUCACAGACAUGUGCAAAUUUGCGCGCCGUGACCAGAAGAGGCAAAUGCUGCCUUUGGACCUGGCCUUCGAGGGUAUAUUUCAGUACAAUGUAGUGGGGUUUGACCGCAGUCUAGCCGGAGUCCCACUUCAAACCGGGAAGCACGCUUUUCUAGAUAAGAAGCAGGGUCCGCAGUUUCCGGUGGAGCUCCUUGAAGAUUCCAGGCCCUUUGAAACCAAGAUACCGAUUCACAAAAAGGAGGUGAACUUCAUGGAAGACGAUGCACUCGAAGAAACAUUAAUGCCACACGAUGUCAAGCCCAACUCUCCUGAGGAUCUUUUGCUGAUGGAGGGAAAGCCCAUCAUGAUCAGAGACAUAGAUGACUACAACACCUUGGAACAUUUACUGGAGAGCCUCAAGGCAAAAAUAGAAGAGCAAGUCUUCAGCUUGCAGAAAGCGCUUUCGUCGGAAAUCACCCGCAGUACCAUGUCGCUUUUUCUGAGUUUCAGCGGGGAGCUCAAAAGAAAUGAGUACUUGCUCGUUUCGAAAUCCCCAUAUUCCACUAAGUACACCGGGCCCACGUUCAAGUAUGCGUUGAAGUUCUUUGACUUAAUCCCCUUCUACGGCACGUUAUUCACGACAGUCAAGCACCGCACGAGCCUCAAAAGACACCUACACAAGAUGAUCAUGCUCAACUUGAUCGAACAAAUCGACUCUCUCACAAGAAUCAAGUACAAACUGCCCGCCGACAGACGGGCGUUCUUGGACAAAACGCAAGCGCUAGUUAAGCUGUUGAUCAAUGAUACGCUAGUGCCUAUGAUAUUCAAGGACCGAGUCAAAGUACCUCAGCACGUGCACGCAGUGACCCACAAGCAAAUGAAAGAUAGCAGCUUUGCGAGAAUAUACUGGUUAAGGAGACCUGCGAGACUUGAUCCGAGAAAUCGAAAGCCUCUGGAGCGCACACAGUCGCAGUAUAUUGAGGUGGCACAGGCAACAGACUUGUAG